UUUGCAUCGGUUGCAUCAGUUGCAUCAGCCGCAGCAGCCUGCGUCUCCGAUCCGAGGCCCCGGGAUGGCGGGAGCACACCACGGCAACGCCGAACACGCCAAGGGCAGACGGCCCCAGCCCCCCUGGUCGCCGCCCGAGGGCACGGAGCCCUGCCGCCUUCGCCUCUACAACAGCCUCACGCGGGCCAAGGAAGUGUUCGUGCCCCAGUGCGGGAAGAAAGUGACGUGGUACUGCUGCGGACCCACCGUUUACGACGCGUCUCACAUGGGCCACGCCAGGUCCUACAUCUCCUUCGACAUCCUGCGGCGGGUGCUGAGGGACUAUUUCGGCUACGACGUCCUCUACUGCAUGAACGUCACCGACGUCGACGACAAGAUCAUCAAGAGAGCCCGGCAGAACCACCUGUUCGAGCAGUACCUGGGCCGGAGACCCCAGCCCCGCCAGCUCCUCGAUGACGUGCGGGCCGCCUCCGAGCCGUUUUCGGCCAAGCUGAGGGCGACGGCGGACCCGGACCGGAGGCAGAUGAUGGAGCGGAUGGAGCUGGCCGUGACGGAGGCCGCGGAGCCGCUCAGGGAGGCCCUGGACCGCCGCUUCCCCGACCACGUUCUCGACGAGCGGGCCCAGGUGCUGCUGGAGGCGGCCAAAGACCUCCUGUCGGACUGGCUGGACGCCAGGCUGGGCAGCGAGGUGACGGACAAUUCCAUCUUCUCCCAGCUCCCCAAGUUCUGGGAAGGGGAAUUCCACAAAGACAUGGACGCCCUCAACGUGCUGCGCCCUGAUGUCCUGACCCGCGUCAGCGAGUACGUGCCGGAGAUCGUGAGCUUCGUCCAGAGGAUUGUGGACAACGGCUACGGGUACGAAUCCAACGGCUCCGUCUACUUUGACACCACUAAGUUCGAUGGCAGCGAGAGGCACUCCUACGCCAAGCUGGUCCCCGAGGCCGUGGGCGACCAGAAGGCCCUGCAGGAGGGGGAAGGAGACCUGAGCGUGUCGGCCGAGCGGCUGAGCGAGAAGCGGUCCCCCAACGACUUCGCACUGUGGAAGGCCUCCAAGCCCGGCGAGCCGUCCUGGGGGUGUCCGUGGGGGAAGGGGCGACCGGGCUGGCACAUCGAAUGCUCCGCCAUGGCCGGGACCAUCCUGGGCGAGUCCAUGGACAUCCACGGAGGCGGCUUCGACCUGCGAUUCCCCCACCACGACAACGAGCUGGCGCAGUCGGAGGCGUACUUUGACAACGACUGCUGGGUGCGCUACUUCUUGCACGCGGGCCACCUCACCAUCGCCGGCUGCAAGAUGUCCAAGUCCCUGAAGAACUUCGUCACCAUCAAAGACGCCUUGAAGAAGCAUUCGGCGCGGCAGCUCCGUCUGGCUUUCCUCAUGCACUCGUGGAAGGACACGUUGGACUAUUCGGGCAACACCAUGGAGUCGGCCAUCCAGUACGAGAAAUUCCUCAACGAGUUCUUCCUCAACGUGAAAGCCAUCCUCCGCACCCCGGUCGACGUGACGGGCGAGUUCGAGAAGUGGGAGGAGCAGGAAAUGGAGCUGAACCGAAGCUUCUCGGCACGGAAGGCGGCGGUGCACGCGGCCCUGUGCGACAACGUGGACACGCGCGCGGUCCUGGAGGAGCUGCGGGCCCUCGUCAGCCACACCAACUACUACUUGGCCGCCAAGAAGGCCGACCGGGCGGCGCCCAACCGCCUCCUGCUCCGGGGAGUCGGCGUCUACAUCACUCACAUGCUCAAGGUCUUCGGUGCCGUGGAGGGCGAGGAGGUUCUCGGCUUCCCCGUGGCCGGGAGCGGGCCCAGCCUAAACCUGGAGGCCACCGUCAUGCCGUACCUGCAGGUCCUGUCGGAUUUCCGAGAAGGCGUCCGCAGGAUCGCUCGGGAGCAGAGAGUUCCAGAAGUGCUCCAGCUGAGCGACACCCUCAGGGACGACGUCCUCCCGGACCUGGGCGUCCGCUUGGAAGACCACGAAGGGCUUCCCACUGUCGUCAAACUGGUGGACCGUGUCACCUUACUCCGCGAGAGAGAAGAGAAGAAAAAGGCUGAAGAGGAGAAGAGGAGGAGGAAGGACGAGGCGGCCAGGAAGAAGCAAGAACAAGAAGCUGCUAAGCUGGCCAAGAUGAAGACCCCCCCAAAUGAGCUGUUCCUGGCGGAGGGGGACAAGUACUCGAUGUUCGACGAAAACGGUUUCCCCACCCACGACGCGGAGGGCAAGGAGCUGAGCAAGGGCCAGGCCAAGAAACUGAGGAAGCAGUACGAGCUGCAGGAGAAGCUCUAUAAGGAAUAUCUGCAGAUGGUCCAGAACGGAGGCCCCGUCUGAAGCCCGACUCCGUCCCGGACCCCAGACCCCCCCCCCCCGAUCCUCGCUCGACGCCCCAAUAAACUCGUUCCGAAU